AUGUACGCAUAUGAAAGUCUUCUUCAUGUUUUUUUUUUGUUGUUGUUGUCUGCGCAGGGGACCCUGAAGAUCAGCCUCCCUUACAGCCCCACUAAAACACUAUCAGUCAAAUCCAUCCUCAGCGCGAUGAACAUGGACAGGUUUGAGAGAGGCCCGCGGGAGAUCCUCAACCCUGACAUUCAGAAGGAUUUGCUUGUAUUGGAGGAACAGGAGGGGUCCGUCAACUUUAAAUUUGGCGUCCUGUUUGCCAAAGAUGGACAGCUCACAGACGACGAGAUGUUCAGUAAUGAAAUGGGGAGCGAGAGCUUCGACAAGUUUCUCAAGCUGCUGGGAGACAGCAUAACCUUGCAGGGAUGGGCGGGUUAUCGUGGAGGCCUUGACACCAAGAACGACACUACAGGGAUCAAGUCCAUCUACACGGUGUAUCAGGGCCAUGAGCUCAUGUUCCACGUGUCCACCAUGUUGCCCUACUCCAAAGAGAACAAACAACAGGUGGAGCGCAAGCGUCACAUCGGAAACGACAUCGUCACCAUCGUAUUCCAGGAGGGCGAUGAUGCAUCGUCAUCCUUCAAGCCUUCCAUGAUCCGCUCGCACUUCACCCAUAUUUUUGCAUUAGUUCGAUAUAAUUGCCAGACUGACAGUUACAGGUUGAAGUUUUUUUCCGAGGAGAGUGUGCCACUGUUUGGACCGCCUCUCCCGUCGCCGCCAGUCUUUACCGAUCACCACGAAUUCAGGGACUUUUUAUUAGUCAAAUUAAUCAAUGGAGAGAAAGCCACACUGGAGACGCCAACAUUUGCCCAGAAGCGUCAGCGGACCUUGGACAUGUUGAUCCGCUCGCUCUACCAGGACCUCAUGCCUGACCUGCACAAGAACAUGUUGAACCGCCGCUCCUUCAGUGACGUGCUGCCCGAGUCGCCAAAGUCAGCGCGGAAGAAGGAGGAGGCACGCCAGGCCGAAUUCGUCAGGAUAGGCCAGGCUCUAAAGCUGAAGACCAUUGUGAGAGGCGACGCCCCCACCAGCCUGGUCACCACCGGCUUGUGCAGAAAAGAGCCGUGGGAGUCGCAGUCGUUCUGCAGCACAUUCCCUCACGAGGUGGUGUGCGCCGACUCAUGGGGCCAGUCGCUGCUGGUAGCCACCGACGCAGCGGGGGUCCUGCUGCUGGAUGGCUCUGAUCCACCUUCCUCCAUCACCGGUGAGGCUCAGGCUCUCCCGGCGCCGGUGCAGGUGUUUGACAAGACGCUGCUAGUGAAGCAGAUGCACAUACUUGAGCCUCAGGACUUGCUCAUCACUCGAGCAGACAAAGGAAAGGACGCUCGGCUGUACGUGUUCCGACUGAGCACUCUCAAGAGAGGCCUGGAGGAGCAGCAGCAAGCCCGCGGCAAGUGCGACAGCCGGGAGAAUAAACUGGAGAAAACUAAAGGUUGCCAUUUGUAUUCCAUCAACACACACCACGGCUCGGAGCUGAGGAUCGUGGCGGCCAUUCGGAACAAGCUGCUGCUCAUCACCCGGAAACGCUUCGAAGGCUUCAGCGCUGUCGGGGGGACCGACUCGCCGGUGGAGGAGUUUCAGUACAUACGGGAAAUCUGUCUGUGCGACCCUCCCGCCGUGAUGGCACUGGUGGAUGGGCCGACGGGCGAGAACGACAACAUGAUCUGCGUGGGCUAUAAACAUCAGUUUGACCUGAUCAACGAGAGCACAGGCGACGCCUACCGGCUGCACCACGUCGAUGCCAACAGGGUCAAUUUUGUGGCGGCUAUGGACGUGUAUGAGGAUGGCGAGGCUGGUCUACUCUUGUGUUACAAUUAUAUUUGCUCGUACAAGAAAGUGUGUCCGUUCAACGGCUCCACGCCCAUGAUCCAGUCCAACACGUCCGACUUCCACUUCAGCUGGAACCAGAUGCCCAAUGCUAUUGUGUGCGCCUUCCCGUACAUCCUGGCUUUCACCACAGACUCCAUUGAGAUCCGCCUUGUGGUCAAUGGCAACCUGGUGUACACUGCGGUGGUCCCGGAACUGCAGCUUGCCGCUUCACGGUCGGACAUCUACUUUGUGUCGUCCGCUCCGGUGAGCUCGGCCUCCAACUGCAGUUCCAGGGACACCAGCUCGCAGAGUUCCCCGCAGACGCCCACCAGCUACGAGAUGCCUGUUUUCCCCUCACCCCUCGGGGAUGAUUCUAUACGGAUCCCCUAUGGUACCAAGCUUUCGCUGUACACGUCUAAGGACGCUGAAGGCGAGUCGGCGUGCAAGCACAUCUUCAAGAUCCCUUUGUGCAACCUGGUGGGCCGCAGUACGCACUCGCUGUCGCUAUCGCGCAUGGAAAUCAAAGAGAUAGCCAGCCGCACGCGCAAAGAGCUGCUCGGCCUGACAGAAGAACCGAGCAGUAAAUCGGACAGCGGUGCGUCCAAAGCGAGGAAAGCGAGCAAGAAGAACACGGCGGCAGAGGAGCCCAGAGCACGAGCGCUAACGUCCACCAACAGUGACAGGUUAGACUCGGAGGCUUGCGAUGCCGACUUGGACGCGGCUUCCAUUUUGGAGGCGGAGCCGGAGACUUUGGUGCUUCGGGCCGACAGUCCGCCGCCGCUCACCAGCGCCUUCGCCCUUGCCGCGUCCUUCGAGGAAGAUGUCCUCGAUCUCAAGUGAAGACAAUCCCGUUGUGCACUUCUCUCAAACAACCACUCCUGUACCCUUUUUACGCUGCUUUUUUUUGGGUGAAAUUACAGGAUAAGUCUAAAAUACACCAAACAUAUUAAAACACACUUUUUUAACCCUUUCAGGGACAGCAGCAUCAUGUUA